CGCGCCUGACAGCUGCGGGCACGGCGGGAGCGGCCGCACCUCCCCGGCCCGCCCGGGGCAGGCAGGCAAGCCCAGCCCUCCCCUGACGGCACAUGGCAGCGGAGAGCUCGGCUGCGCCGCAGGUUAGCUAGGGCCGGGCUCCGGCCAGCGCAUCCAGGCUCUCUAGGUCCGCUGAGUUACCGCAGGGAUUAAAAUGCAGCUGGCCGCCUGCUUCUUUUUGGGCUGCGGCAUAUUCUUAGCUUCAGGAUACAACUCCUUCAGUAAGAGCAUGGAGACGAUAGGCAAGAAGCAGUACCAGGUUCAGCACGGGUCGUGCAGCUACACCUUCCUUCUGCCUGAGGCGGACAACUGCCGCUCCUCGACUCCCUACGUGUCCAACGCGGUGCAAAGGGAUGCACCUCUGGACUAUGAUGAUUCGGUUCAAAGACUGCAGCUACUUGAGAACAUCAUGGAAAACAACACUCAGUGGCUAAUGAAGCUUGAGAAUUACAUUCAAGACAGUAUGAAGAAAGAAAUGGUAGAGAUCCAGCAAACUGCAGUACAGAACCAGACUGCAGUAAUGAUUGAAAUAGGCACAAACUUGCUAAAUCAAACAGCUGAACAGACCCGCAAAUUAACAGAUGUUGAAGCACAAGUAUUAAACCAGACAAGCCGACUUGAACUUCAGCUUUUGGAACACUCUCUUUCAACAAACAAACUAGAAAGGCAGAUUUCAGAUCAAACCAAUGAGAUAACUAAAUUACAAGAAAAAAACAGCUUUUUAGAAAAAAGAGUUCUUGAAAUGGAAGACAAACACAUGCUUCAGCUGAAGUCAAUAAAAGAAGAAAAAGAUCAGCUUCAAGUCCUAGUGACCAGACAGAAUUCUAUUAUAGAAGAACUAGAAAAACAGUUAGUUACAGCUACAGUAAACAACUCAGUUCUGCAAAAACAGCAACAUGAUCUGAUGGAGACGGUUCAUAGCUUGCUUACUAUGAUAUCAACACCAAACUCUAAGAACAACUUCAUAGCCAAAGAGGAACAAAUCAGCUUCAAAGACUGUGCUGAAGCUUUCAAAUCUGGACUGACAACAAGUGGAAUCUACACUUUAACAGUUUCAAACACUGCACAAGAGAAGAAGGCCUACUGUGACAUGGAAACUGGUGGAGGAGGUUGGACAGUUAUUCAGAAACGAGAAGAUGGCAGUGUGGACUUCCACCGGACAUGGAAGGAGUACAAGAUGGGAUUUGGUGAUCCUGCUGGGGAGUACUGGCUGGGAAAUGAGUUUGUUUCUCAACUGACUAAUCAGAAGCGAUAUGUUCUUAAAAUACAACUGAAAGACUGGGAAGGAAAUGAGGCAUAUUCAUUGUAUGACCACUUCUCUCUAGCAAGUGAAGAACAAAAAUACAGGAUUUACCUUAAAGGACUUACUGGGACAGCGGGCAAAAUAAGUAGUAUAAGCCAACCAGGAAAUGAUUUUAGCACAAAGGAUGCAGACAAUGACAAAUGUAUUUGCAAAUGUUCACAAAUGCUAACAGGAGGAUGGUGGUUUGACGCAUGUGGUCCUUCUAACCUCAAUGGAAUGUAUUAUCCAUUACGACAGAACAACAACAAGUUUAAUGGGAUCAAGUGGUACUACUGGAAGGGCUCAGGAUACUCUCUCAAAGCUACAACUAUGAUGAUUCGACCAGCAGAUUUCUAAAUGCUUUGUCUUUAUGUGAAUUAUGUAUUGUAUAGUCUUCAAAGACUUUACCAAGCAACUUGUCUCAUUUUUUCAAGCCCAGAAACAUGCACUAGUGUUCUGAAGGGGUCAGUUCAGUACAGUUCCUGAAUUGCAAUCAAUUGCUUUGAUCAGCUAAAGCCCAUAUUAUUCAACCAGACCUAAACUCUAAAGCACCAAUCUGAUAUAACAGUAAUUUGGCCAAAUGACUCAAUAAAAAGAACAUCCAAGAAACCAUCAGACAACUUAAGGACUCUGUUUUACUGACCAUUUAUGUUAUGUAUGUGUUAGUAAAUAACUGGAACUGUGAAAAAAACCCUAAAAUAGUUUUAGGAAUAUGCAUUUUGCCUCACCACUGAACUUAAAACAUUAAUAUAAAACACUGAGCUAGAUCUAGAACUAUUUAUCUUUCUGUGUCAUGUGUGCCCUUGAUGUACAUAAAAAAAAUAACAUUCUGUAAUUAGCUCAAUCCUAUACUUAGGGAAUACAUUCUUUUGCCCCAUAGUCUCCUAUACAAUCUCUUACACUUAUUUGAGGAUUUUUUUCCAAUAGCCUAUAUGACAAUGUUUAACUGAGGACAAAUAGCAUUUCAAUAGUUUGCAUUUAUUUUUGGGAACUAUCAUUUACAAAACCCAUAAUUUUUUUCAGUCCAUUUCAGUCACUGUCUUUAAAUUACAGAAAAUCCCUACAAAUUACAAUAUAGCAUGUAUUCCUAUACAUUUUUAUGAAGAAUGCACUUUUUUUCUUCCCUUGUCAUUUACCUAUAAAAUAACUGAUCAGUAUUUUAUAAACUGAGACAACGGCAUUAACACCAGAUGUCUGGUUGUCUAUGACAAUCAUUUAUCACCUGGUGCUGUAAUAUAUCUAUAUGUUUUGUAAAAAUAACCUAACUGAAAAACAUAUGCAUGUUCUUUGAUACAAUUAAAUUUAUGCUUGUGACUUAAGAUAUAAAUGACUACAUUUUAAGAACAGGAAGAAAAAUAAUCUGAAAAUUAUCUAAUGUCACACUAGGGUUUUCUUUCAGUAAAGUUAGGGCUUCUCCCUAAAAGUUCUCUGUAGGUAGGCCCUUAAUGUAUGCCACAAUGUGAAUAAAUUACUCUACUAGGUGA